AUCUCCAUUUUCAUCUUUUAUUUUUUUGCGCGCUCUCUCUUUUUCUUUCCUUCUUCAGUAACUCCCUUGAAUUUCCAGUUAUCGAUCAAUUUUUCUACACACUGAAAACUCCGUCUAAAACCCAAACUCUUCAACAUUCGAUCUCAAAAAUCAAUCAAAAUUCCACAAAUUUGUGUAAAUUCAACCUUCAAUCUUCUGAAAUGAACUACUACAUAUUCAUAAAAACCUCGAAUUUUUCAAAAUGACAAAAAAUUUCACUUCCUUAAAGUCUCCGACGACGGAAGAACUCGACCUCGACUCGUUUCUCCGGCGACACAAUGCUGAAGAUGACGAAGAAGAACAUCAAAACUCCGACAUCAUUCAUCGUACUAUCGACGACAUCCUUAACGACUCAUCUGGUUCAGAUAACGACGUCGUUUCGGUACCUUCUUCUAUACCUUAUACUCAAACCUUAAAUUCCGGUGAAAAACAGUUCAAUUCUACGCAAUUUAGGUCUAAUUUGAUUCAACGGAUAAAAUCCGAUGAGUUUUCCGGCAAUUCUAGUCGAAAACCACCUGUGCCGCUGCAAAAUUCGCGGAAUUCGUCGAUUUUUAGCGGCGGAGUUAGUAGAAAGCCUGGUGCGGCGUUGGCGGCGGCUGCGGCGGCGUCGAGGAAUGUUCGGACGCCGCGUGCAGCUGUGAUCAAGUCGAGGAGAGCUUUGAGUGUGAGUUUAGAGGGGAAGGUGUCGGAUGAGGAUGAAUUGUUAGGGUUUGUUAAGGAUGAUGUGAAAUCCGAGGGUUGUGAUGGUGAUGGUAGUGUAAGUGAGGUAGUAGGUGAAGUGAUUGAGGAGAGAGAUAAUGAGGAUGAGUGUGGGAGUGGAGUGAAUGUCGAAAAAAGGGAGGUGAUGCUUUAUUCGGAGAAGCAUGGAGUUUUGGGUUUGGAGGAUUUGGGUGCUGAACAGGGGAUUGAAGAGAGGGAGAAGGGCGUUGCGGGGUUUAUUGGAGGGACUGAUGAAUUAGAGAAUGAUGUAGAUUCUGGGAGAAGGGAGGAGCUAUUGUCUUCUAGUGAGAAGAAUGGAGUUUCGGAUUUCCAGGAGAUGGAGAAGAUGAAUACUGUGGAUUUUGCUGAGAAGGGGAUUGGAGAUUUGUCAGGUGUUGAAGAGGAAAGGGAAGGGGAGAAGAGAGAUGUUGAUGAGAAUCCUAUUGGUGAAGGAAUUGGGGUGUCUUUAGAAGCUGAGAAUGAGAUCAAGGAAGAGGAAGAUUUAGGGUUUUCGUGGCAAAUACAGGAAAGUGAGAAGAGUGUGGUUGUGUUGAAUGGUGAUGAACUGGGUGCGGGAAGCGAUGGGUUGGGUUCUGCGGGUGAUGAUAUUGAGGGGGUUGUUGAGGAUAGGAUCAUUCAAUUAGAGAGUGAGGUUGCUAGUAAAAGGACAGAGGAGAAGUUGCACCCUCCAAAGAAGCCGCUAGAAUUAGCAGAAGAGCUUGAGAUAAAGCAAGCUUCUACAGGUCAGGACUUGGAAGAGGGAGCUGCUGCACAGCCUAUGAGGUUGGAAGGUGUGCGCAGAAGUUCGACUGUGCUGGGAUAUUUUGAUGUAAAUGCUGAUAAUACAAUUACCCGAGCUAUCAAAUCUCAGGCAUUUACACGAGAUUAUGGUACUCCACAAGUCAUUGCGGUGCAUCAAAAUUUCAUUGCUUUGGGGAUGUCGAAAGGUGUCACUGUUGUUGUGCCAAGUAAAUAUACUGGUCAGCAUCCGGAUAACAUGGAUCCAAAGAUGUUAUUGCUUGGUGUGCAAGCCGAUCGCUCCCAAGUUCCUGUGACGUCUAUUUGUUUCAAUCAGCAAGGUGAUCUGCUUUUAGCAGGCUAUGGUGAUGGUCAUAUUACAUUGUGGAAUUUACCAAGGGGAACGGUGGCAAAGGUCAUUACUGGAGAGCAUCCAGCACCUGUAGUUCACACAUUAUUUCUUGGGCAGGAUUCUCAAGUUACUCGCCAAUUCAAAGCAGUUACUGGUGAUUGUAAAGGACUAGUUCAGUUACAUGAAUUCUCAUCUGUGCCAAUACUUGGGGUCACAGUGAAAACACAGUGUCUUCUCGAUGGUCAAAGAACGGGUACAGUGUUGUGUGCCUCGCCACUUCUACCUGAUGAAUCUAGUUUCUCAGGCAACACAGCAGGCUCAUCUAGCAGCAUAGGUGGUGUCAUGGGUGGUGUAGUUGGGGGAGCGGCCCCUUGGAAAUUCUUCAAUGAUGGUUCCUCCUUGUCUGAAGAAGGUGUGGUCAUCUUUGUCACCCAUCAGACUGCUCUGGUGGUGAGACUUAGUCCUAGCUUGGAAGUCUAUGCACAACUUUCUAAGCCAGAAGGCAUUCGGGAGGGUUCUAUGCCAUACACUGCAUGGAAAUGUACAACACAGUCCCGGGGUUCCUCUUCAGAAAAUGUGAAUUCUGAAGCACUGGAAAGGAUUUCACUGCUUGCAAUAGCAUGGGAUCGGAAGGUUCAAGUUGCCAAGUUAGUCAAGUCAGAGCUUAAUGAUUCUGGAAAUCCAGAAGUUAAAGAAAGUGGAAAGUGGACGCUUAAAGUGUGUGGAAAGUGGACACUUGAAAGUGCAGCUGUAGGUUUGGCUUGGCUUGAUGAUCAGAUGUUGGUGAUUCUUACAUUGGGUGGUCAAAUUUGCUUGUUUACAAGAGAUGGGACUUUGAUACACCAAACCAGUUAUGCCAUUGAUGGAACUGGAGGAGAAGAUCCUGUUUCGUAUCACACUUAUUUUACCAAUGUGUUUGGGAACCCUGAGAAAGCUUUUCACAAUAGUAUAGCUGUGAGAGGAGCGUCUAUCUAUAUACUUGCACCUAGGCAUGUUGUUGUUUCUCGUCUUCUUAUGUGGCGAGAACGUAUUGAGGUGUUGCGGAAUGCAGGUGACUGGAUGGGUGCCUUCAACAUGGUUAUGGCAUUAUAUGAUGGUCAGGCCCAUGGUGUUAUUGACCUUCCAAGAGACCUGCAUGCUGUGCAGAAGACUAUUAUGCCAUAUCUGGUGGAGUUGCUUUUUUCGUAUGUGGAUGAGGUGUUCUCCUAUAUUUCAGUUGCUUGCUUCAAUCAUAUUGGCAAGGUAGAAGAAGUGGACGAUACCCCAACCGAGAGCAACUCAUCUUCCGAAAUAAAAGAGCAAUUUUCACGUGUUGGUGGAGUAGCAGUUGAAUAUUGUCUCCAUAUAAAACGCUCCGACAUUCUCUUCAAUGAAAUCUUUUCGAAAUUUGUAGCAGUUCAGCAUAAAGAUACAUUUUUGGAGCUUCUGGAACCAUAUAUAUUGAAGGAUAUGCUUGGAUCACUGCCUCCUGAGAUCAUGCAAGCACUGGUAGAGCACUACAAUGGCAAAGGAUGGUUGCAGCGAGUGGAGCAAUGUAUUCUUCACAUGGAUAUUUCAUCCUUGGAUUUUAAUCAGGUUGUAAGGCUAUGUCGGGAGAAUGGUUUGUAUGGGGCCCUGAUAUACCUUUUCAAUAAAGGCCUCGAUGAUUUCAAGACACCUUUGGAGGAACUAUUGAGUGUCUUAAGAAAUCAUGCAAGAGAUGCUGCUGCUGUUGGGUACCGGAUGCUAGUUUAUCUGAAGUACUGCUUCUCAGGCCUUGCUUUUCCACCAGGACAUGGAGAACUCCCUUCUGUGCGUCUGUCUUCUCUUAGGAUGGAGCUUUUGCAAUUUCUGCUGCAGGAUUCUGGUGGGCCAAAGUCAGAUACAGGUGCAAGCUUAACUUCUACUGGAGCUUACCUGAAUUUGCAUUAUUUACUGGAGUUGGAUACAGAGGCUACAUUAGAUGUUUUGAAGAGAGCAUUUAUGGAGGCCGGGCAUACCGUGCUAGAUAAUUCUGUGCUUAAUUCCUUAGAUACAACUGCUGAUGACUCAAAAGAAAAAGACUCGAUAAUUGGUGAUCAGGAUAUGCUGGUUCAGAAAACUGUUGAUGCUCUAGUUACUGUUCUUGAUAUAGACAUUUCUCAGUCAGUCAGAUCUGCUGGCAGCGAUGAUACUGGCGUGGUAGCAUGGCCUUCAAAGAAUGAUAUAGGUCACCUCAUUGAGUUUGUCGCAAGUUAUGUUGCAUCUAGAAGAGCUAAUGUAUCAAAGAGUGUGCUGAGCCAAUUAUUGGAGUACCUCACUUCAGAGAAUCAGUUUGUACUAAAUGACUGCGAGCAGAACAAUGCAUCUAUGAGAAGAAGGGAGAAAAAAGUACUUGCUCUGUUGGCCGCAGUUCCUCAAACAGAGUGGAAUGCGUCCUAUGUCUUGCAUUUGUGCGAACAAGCACAAUUUUACCAGGUUUGUGGUUUAAUCCACACCAUCAGACAAAAUUAUCUUGCUGCUUUGGAUAGCUAUAUGAAAGAUGCAGAUGAACCAGUGCACGCAUUUUCGUUUGCUGAUGGUAUACUUCUGCAGCUGGGUGAAAAAGAGUCCGCUGCUUUUCGAUCAGCACUAGUUUCCCGCAUUCCAGAGCUAGUUACGUUGAGCAGAGAAUGCACAUUUUGCUUGGUGAGUUACCACUUAAGCAAAGAAAAAGAACAUCUUCUCUCCAAGCUCCAAUCAACUCCAAAAAGCCUCUUCCUUUAUUUGAAGACUCUUUUUGAGGUUUAUCUUUCAGGCACACUCAACUUCUCUUCUAUAAAGGUGGAGAAUGUGUUUGCUGGUUCCUGGGGAAGACAGAAUGAUGGUAAAAUAAGUUUGGAUGCUUACCUUGAAAGAUUUUCUGAAUUUCCGGAAAGGAUUCGUAAUAAUCCCGUUGAAGUCACUGACGACAUCAUUGAACUUUAUCUCGAGUUGUUAUGUCAGUAUGAACCAGAUUCAGUUCUUAAGUUCCUGGACACCUUUGAAAAUUAUAGAGUCGACCGAUGUUUGCUGUUGUGCCAAGAAUAUGGGAUUGUUGAUGCAGCUGCAUUUCUUUUAGAAAGGGUGGGUGAUGUUGGAAGUGCUCUUCAGCUAACAUUGUCUGGACUCAAUGAUAAAUUCAACAUGCUUGACAUGGCUGUUGGAAGUACAAUGUCAGAUUUGGAUGUAGGCAAACGUGCACAUGUCGAAUAUUUUGCUGCAGCUUCAGAGUUGAAAGAGGUAGAAGACGUUAAAAAAAUACUGCAGGCAUGUAUUGGUCUUUGCCAGCGCAAUUCACCUCGUAUGGAUCCAGGAGAGUCUGAAUCACUCUGGUUCUAUUUGCUAGACUUGUUUUGUCAACCUUUACUUAUUUCUCAAGGUAACUCUGAAAAUGGCAUGCUAACUGAGGCUUCAAGGUCUAAAGACGACUUAGAUGUCAAUGCCAUCACAUGGAGGGUAUACAGUAAUCAGAAAUGUGCUCCUUUUCUGAAGGGAUUGUUUUCACAAUUUGUCAAGGAAAUUGUUGAGGGGAUGAUCGGACAUGUUCGCCUUCCGUCUAUAAUGGCAAAACUUCUGUCAGAUAAUGGAAGUCAGGAAUUCGGUGAUUUUAAGCUAACCAUACUGGGAAUGCUAGGAACAUACAGCUUCGAAAGGAAGAUCCUGGAUACCGCCAAAUGCUUGAUAGAGGAUGAUACAUUCUAUACCAUGAGCUUGCUCAAGAAGGGGGCUUCUAAAGGUUAUGCCCCUCGAAGUCUCCAGUGCUGUAUAUGCAAUUGUUCCUUCAAGAGUACUUCCAGUUCUGGAAUUCGGGUUUACAAUUGUGGUCAUGCGAGCCAUCUACAAUGUGAUGUUCAGGAGAAUGUUACAUCAAGUCACAGUUCCUCUGGUGGAUGUCCAAUAUGUGUGCAUAAAAAAAAGGUCCAAAAAGGUAAAGGUAAGAUGGUAGAGCAAGGAUUAGUGAUAGCAUCACCACCAUCCACAUCAAGGCGAGCACAUGGAACAAGUUUUCUACACCCACAUGAACUUGAUGCAUUUGAGAACUCCACCGCCCCUCAAAUUUCUAGAUUUGAAAUCUUGAAUAGUCUCCGGAAGAACCAGAGACUGAUCCCAAAUGAUACUAUGCCUCAUCUGAAGCUAGCUCCUCCAGCUGUUUAUCAUGAUAAAAUAAACAAAAGAACCAAUUUUCCGUCAGUGGGAAGUAGAGAAGGUGUGGUGGAUGAUGAAAAGCCAAGUAAAAACAGGCAACUCCGAGAUCUCAAAGUAAAAGGUUCAUCAUUAAGAUUUCCCCUCAAAUCAAAAAUAUUUGGCAAGGAGAAGACCCGUGUAAACUAAAUGUUCCUGGCUGUUGGAUAUCGAGCUCAUUACUGCUGCUCAUAUUGCUGGUUGAAGAACAUGGUUCACUGAUUUACUCAUUUGCCUUUUUUUACCUCGUUUUAUUUGAAGCAUUAUAGUGCAUCAACCCUGCGACUUCUUCUCCACAGCUUCCCAAAUUUAUACUAGUUUUGUAUAUAGCUGAGAAAGUUAGGUAAAACUAUAUUCACUGAUUUUUAAGGCUGAAUACCUUGUAAGUUCUUCCGAAUAAUGAUUCUUCAAUGUGUUAAUGUUAGGAGAAAGUUUUGCCGCAGAAAUUUCACGUCUGUCAAAAACUCAAAAUGAUGUCAUUCCUGGAUGUUGGCUUAAGCAAUCUCCACUUGACUCACCCAAGUAGCAAGAUCAUUCAAUAUGUCACUCUUAGUUUCUAGAAGUGGCGUAAAUAUUGAUCUUUUCUUUUAGGACCUCUUGUAACCAGAUCAGGAUUCAUAGCAAAAGAAAAGUAACCCUCAUUUAACAGAUGGGUAAUUGGAUAUGCAGUUGCUUGGAAGUUUUUUCCUCCCAUUUUACCGAUAA